UCUGGUCCUUCUUUCUGCACAAGUUGCCAUCACCAGCACCAGAGCAACCAGGACUGGCAAGCUCAUAAAACAAACUCCACGGGACCGUGUUUGAUCCACCAGAUAGUGAGUUAUCAGCUUCCCUUCAUGCUGCUCUGGACUGAUAAUGCAGCUGUCCUGUGAGUCAGUGAGACAUCCAGAGGACCGAAGACCGGCCAGCUGCAAGUUCUUAGAGCUCCAUGUGCUGUAUGUGCCAGGUGACCAGUGGAAUGUGACGCUGAAUAAAGUCCCUGCUGAAGCCAUAGAGAGCUUCAUAUCUGCCGGAUUCAUCAGGGUUUAUCCUGAUAUCACCCUGAAAACUCUGAGGACAGAGCUGAGAGCUUUUCUUGGCGCUGAGAGGAGCAUCGACAAAUUCUCUUUUCUGAAAUGUGUGGGGCGCAGUUUGGCUCUGGUCAAGAGCAAACAGGAGGGGGAUCUUAAAGUGAAGACAUUCGCGCCACCGUAU